UCAGCUCUGUAUUCAGGUUUUCCUCUUAGACAGCUCAUGAAUUUGAACAUUUAUUCACAUUUCUGAUAUUUUAUAAAUUUUGAUAUUAACAGAAGUCAUAGCAAGGACUAAAUUAUAUUCACAUAAUCAACUUUUUGAUUAGAAGAGAAAAUCUACAGCAGCCAUGUUGUUGGCAGAAGCUGGAUGUUUGUUUCUGGGUUUCAUUCUGUGUCUGUCAGGUGUUCAGGGAAAAGCAAACAGCAUCUGUGCCUUGAAAGGUUCAUCAGUGAAUCUGCCCUGCUCACAUCAACAUCUCACUGCAAGAAAUGGCUGGUACACUGGACACGAUACUGUCUCCAAGAUAAUGUUCUCAGUAGAUGAAACACAUGUAAAGUACAGCAUGUCAGCAGAGAGUAAUUUCACUCUAACAAUCAAUAAUCUGACAGAGAGAGAUGCAAAUUUUUACUGCUGCAUUAAAACUGCUGACAGAUCAAAGUGCCAACAAAGUGGAAUUCAUCUCCAAGUUACAGAGCUGCAGGUAAAGGUGAUUCCUGCCACAGAGGGACAGACAGUAACACUGAUGUGCAGCAGCAGCUGUCCUUUGACUGAAAAGCCUGCAGCCUACAUCUGGUACAAGAACAGAGAGUUUCUCUAUGAGGACUGGUCUCCCUGGUACCAAGAGCUGCUCAGCAGGGAGGAAGCAGUCACAUACUCCUGUGCUGUCAAAGGCUACGAGGAUCUCAGAGCCCCUGAAGUCUCUGUGGGUUCCAUCACAGAGACCUGCUUCAGUGUGACCUAUGCUAAAGGGAGAAUGUGUUCUUCUCAGCAGACAUCAGUGGACGAGUCCUGCUCCAUCACAUAUCCCAGAGAAAUUCAUGUCCAGAGCCCUGCUGAACACAGAGGUCACAUCAGACUGACCUGUAACAGCAGCUGUUUUCUCACUGACCCUCUGAUUUCCUUUGUGUGGUAUGAGACCAGAAAGCCUACAGUGCAGGAGGGAAAACAGAUUCAGUUUUCCAUCUCUCAUCCAGACAGUUUGUCUUGUGCUGUAAAAGGUCUUGAGGAUGUGCGCUCUGCUGACAUCUGUGUUAAUGAUGAUUCCUGCUGGAGUUUGAAUUAUGUCCACAGCAGAAUCUGUGCUCUGGAAGGAUCUUCAGUCAACAUCUCCAGUAAAUACUCACAUCCUGACUACCAGCAGAUACAGUCUAAAUGUUGGUAUAAAGUCAAGAGAAAUGCUGAGGAGGACAUCAGGAGGAACCUGACUGAGGAUGCAGAUCAUGUGGAGUAUGAUGACAGCAUGAAGAACCAACACAUCCUCAGAUUAAAGAAGCUGAAGAGAGAUGACUCAGCAGAAUACAGGUUCACCAUCACAACAGAAAAUGAAGAAGUGAAACAGUUUGAUUUUCCUGGAGUUACUCUGAUUGUCACAGAGCUGAGAGUGAAGAUGAGUCCUUCUGCAGUGGUGACAGAGGGUCAGAGAGUCACACUGACCUGCAGCACCAGCUGUCCUCUGACUGACAACACAAACUACAUUUGGUACUUGAACAGUCGACCUCUGACCCCGAGAGAGAACCAGAACAAAUAUCUGAUCCUAGACCCAGUCAGCAGGGAGGAUGCAGGAAGCUACUCGUGUGCUGUGAAAACCAACAAAGAUAUCAGCUCUGCUCCAAAGACUCUCACUGUCCAAAGUAUCACAGGAACAUGGACACCAGCAGCUGCAGGAGUUUCUGCUGCUCUGCUGGUUUUAGUACUUCUCACUGUCUGCUGGUGGAUCAGGUGA